GGCAACGGCGACGACGAAAACGAUGAGGUUGGUGAGGCACGAGAUGAUGAAGCAGUCGUCGCGUUGGAGGGGGCACUAGCGAUACGGGAGCUUGCGCUGGGUAAGGCAUCCCAGGACGGUUCGGAUCAAAUGCAAGGUGUACAAGUUGAGGGCACCGUUGAAGCCGUCAACGACGACAAGGGGAAGGAUGAUGGGGAGGAGAAUAAAGAUGAUAGCGGAAUGCCUAGUGUCCAUUUGACGGCGGAGCCCGAGUCUCAGGAGGUCCCAAUACAUCGAGACAGUAAAGAAUCGGCGAAGCAACAGCCCAUCGACAUUCCAUCGAACCUCUCAGGGAAGCCAUCAGAGCUAUCUACUCCUUCUUCCAUGCCUGACGAUGAACCGAGUAAGCGCCUAGAAGAACAUUCCAGCGCUCGUAACCCACCUUUCGCGGUCCAUUCUACAUCUGCCUCAACGCGUGCUGUCCUUACGUCUUCAGAGUCUGCUGUCAAGCCCAUUUCCCACGCGACCAUACACGAACAUCCACUGUGGGCCUCUUCCAGCAAGGGCGCUCAAAAAGCCGCCAGGCCUUCUCUUAUGCAUCUCACUCCCAUCGUAGUGGACGGUGUCAAGCCAGUGGACAAUAUUCCCGUGCAGAACAUCAGCUCAACACCCGCGAUUGAACCAGCAGUGACAGUGUCUGAAAAACAAGUUACAGCACAAGUCAAAGAAGUCCAAUUAGGAGACGAGGGGUUGUUGAAUCAAGAUGGUAGUUUUAUCCUGAAUGUGGCUAAAGAACAAAAUGAGAUAGAUGAUACGAAGCAAGGGAAGAGCGCGAAGGAAGCCAUGAAGGUAUACAAAGACGACAAGGUGCACGCAGACGACGACGAUCACGACGAGAACCGUGAUGAAGAAGUAGUGGUAGUGGGCGAGAAGCACAAUUCGGGGGACGACAGGGAGGGUCAGUCGAGCAAAAAGUUGGCUACUAAGAACGACAAGAAGCGGGAGGUCAAAGGUGCCAAGAAGUCGAAGCAAAAUACCAAGGACGCCGACAAGAACAAGAAAAAAAAGCCAAUUGAGCAGAGCCAAAGUCCGGAAUCAUUGUCGUCCCCUGCACGCACCUUGGUCCUCCCGGGCAUUAUUGCCAAGCACCGGCCGAUGUUUUCAAAACUUCGCAGUAAACUCAUUCAGCUCCAGCUUGAGCAAGAGGCCUUAAAGAACGGUGCCGUCCCACAGGACUUUGUGCCCGAAGAACAUCCUCAAACACAAGAAAAGAAGCAGGAUUCAGAAGUGGGAGACGAAACCUCAGAGCAGCCUACAGCCACGGUUCCGCUUCCCAAAAAGCACGAACCUCUUACGCCUCAACAAAUUGCGGACACGGAACACCAAGGUGCGAACGCGUUCUUUGGCCUCUUUGCAGAUAAUGUCUUUCCGGAUGUACAACUGGCUGGAAACGAUGAGCCCAAGAAUCUGGAGUUUGAGAGGCAGUUGCGGAAGCAGAUGGAGGAGAAUAGGCUCAAGUUCAUAGAGGAACAAGGCCUUGGAGCGGGGGAAGACAGAGAAGCAGAAGAGGGCCCUCAACAGCAGCAGAAAGCCAAGAAGGAUGCCAACAAGAAGCAGAAGAAAAAAUCCAGGGAGAGCGAGUCGCACAAGAGUGAUGGAAACGAUGACAGCAGGCAUCACAAACGUCAGCUCUCAGAGGCGACCGACAAUGGCGUCUCUAACGCGCCUUAUAUUGCCCCCAUCACCAUGGACGAUAUUCUUGCCAUUCCAAAGAUGAUUCUCGACGAGGGAAAGAAACCCCGUAUGGGUGGUCAGCCUCAAGCGGGAGUGAUCGAUGGCAAUGUUGUGAAGGGUCAGGUUCAGCGAGGCAAGGACACGCUUGCCACUCCUGAGGACAUCGCAAAAGAUCAGGACGGCGAUGCUGCAGGUGGAAAGGACAGCGGUACUGCAACUGGCAAGGGCGGCUAUGAUGAGUAUAUCGACGUUGACAAGAAGCAGGCCGACGAGGGCGUCGACAUUGACAAGUUCAAGGAACAAACCAACGAAGACGUCGACACCGACAAGUUCAAGAAACAAAUCAUCAAGGACGUCAACAUUGACAAGCUCGAGAAACAGGCCAACGAGGGCGUCGACGUCGAUGCUGAAAACAUUGCUAUCGGACAAGAAAAUACGGAUGAUAUCCAACCCCCUAUCUACGCGGAAGGCGUCGAUGGCAAUGAGGACGAUCAGAUCGAGACUAUGAGCAGCAGCAAUAAGAAGCACCGCGAGAAACACAGCAACCAAGAGAGUGCCGCUCCGGGCACUGUUUCCCAAGUGUCCAAGACUGACAAAGCCCCUGAUCAAUCUCCAGAACAACCAUCGAUACCAACGCAACCGAAGCAAUCACUACAACCGAAGCAAUCACCACAAUCCGAGACGUCGCCGCAGCCCCCCCGGGGCAUUAAGCCAGCUGUACCCGAGACACCCAAAGGCGAACAGCCUGGCAAGAAUGCAACGCUGCCUGUAGCAGGUAAAGAUGGCGCAAGCAAGGACGCAGGAACGGCUGGAUUUGGCACAGUGCCGAUGUUCGGACCCGCACAGCUGGAUCUCGAAUCCGGUGCCCAGACUGUCAGAUCAAGGUUUCUUAUUACCCAGCUUUUAGUUCUCGUGAUCGCCACAGCACUUUUAAUUAAUUAAUGAAAGCCGCCUCCUCCAUACCGUUCAAAUCUACUUCUGAUUCGGGGCAUUCUCUUCCUCCUGUGUUGAAGGCAUGACCGCUAAUGAUGCUAAUGUAAUCGGGUUGCGCC